AUGGGCCGUCUCUCGCCCCUCCUAGUCGCAUGGUGCGCCAUCGGCAGCCUCGUCGGGACCAGCGCCGGCGGCUCCUAUAUGGUCAAAACCGAACGUCUGCUCACAGACCCGGGCCUGGUCCGUGGCGAGUCUCACUUGCGCCGACGCCUUGAGGGACACACCGCCGGCGACGAACCCACCGUUCUGGGGGGCUCGCUGUAUUGGUCUGGAAACUUCUCGGUCGGAGCUUCGCGCGAUCUAAGGCUCCUUCUUGACACUGGAUCCGCCGACUGCGUUUUGAAUCCCGGCGUGUACAAGCCAUCCGACCUUGCGCGCACAUACAACGGCUCUCGUGAAUUUUCGGGUGGCUACGAAGGCGUCACUCGCUUGGGGUUUGGGUUUGAGAUUAUCAAUGGCACCGUGGAGACUGAUGUCGUCUCUGCUGGCGGGUUGACGUUCGACGCGCAAGCCAUUGGCAAUAUCAGCCACUUCCACUACAUCGACGCUCCUCGGUACCCUUACGCCUCUUUCGCCGCCAAGCGAGCCGACGGCCUGAUCGGCUUCUCGCCGCGCGGCGGGAGUGCCUUCACCCCCGAAAGCCCUUCGUGGUUCUUCAAUCUUGCCAACCACGGCCUUCUCUCCGAGAAGCGGUUCGGUGUCAUCUCUGGGACCAGCGGCAACGGCCUUUUUACCAUUGGCACGCUUGCAAGGAGAUUCAUCAAUGGCUCUCUUUAUGCUGCAGCCGACUCGGGCGAGUUCGGCGAAUUCACCGUCCAGGGCGACCUCACGGUCGAUGGCCAGAUCUUUGCCGCGAACCAAACCCUUAUCAUGGAUUAUGGAGAGAGCAACAUUCAACCCCCGGUCCACCUCGCAGAAAGGCUCUUUGCCACGCUCGGCUGGCAAACGCACACGAGAUUGCAAAACAACCUGGGCACACCCGUGACGACCGUGUUGGCUUAUUUCGACUGCGACAAGCCGCCAACCAUAGGCUUCAGCUUCCCGGCGCAGAGCCAACUGAAACCGGGCGAGAAGGCGAAGAACUUCGACAUUUCUCCCGCGGUGUGGGAUGUCUACCGCCACCGUCGCGAUCGCACAAACUGCACUUCCAUAAUCGGUGGCACCAACGCGUAUGCGAGCGUGGCAGGCAACGCCUGGAUUCUUGGGCAGCCGUUCUUUGCCGGCCACUAUGUCGAUUUCGACAUCAGUGAGGAGCCACACACGGUGAGUUUUGGGGACUUGAUCGAUCCGUCGAUGAGCGGCCUCACGGAUUGA